AUGUCUUUUACUAAAAACGCAGAAGCGGAGAUAUUAGCUAAUUUAGGCAUUCUAAGUAAUCAUAAUUCAAGUACAAAGGAUGUAAAUAAAGAUUCUGUUAAUGAUAUUAAAGAUACAACAAAUAGAACACGUUUAUUGAGCUCAAGUGACAAUGACAAACUAUCACUAAAUUUUGAUUCUGAUGAUGACACAAUGAUAGUAUUCAAUAAUUCAAAUUCAUCACAAAAUAAUUAUUUGAAUAAAAUUAUAAGGAUGUCUAGAUGGCAGUCAUAUUUGAUAGGAUUACCAAUAAUUUUAUUUAUGAAUUAUCUAAUUGGAUUAUUUCAUUUAUCACCUCAAAUAUAUAAAGAAGAAUUUUAUGGAUUUUGGACUGCAUUGUGUUUUGGUGUUUUAAUAGGAUGUGACAGUUAUAUCAGUGUUAUUAUCAUAUAUAUUUUUGUAAUUGCUUUUCUAACAAAUGUGUUUUAUUUUACCAAAGGUGCACUAUUAAUUUUAAUAUCUUCUUCAAAUGAUUCUAAAACUUUGUUCUUGAUUUAUUUUUUUAUUGCAUUAGGUAGUCUAAUUGCUCCGAUUGCUCUAUCAAAUUCAUUAAUUCAUGUGACAAAUCUAGAAAUAAAAACGCAAAAAUUAUUUACAAAAAGGGAUGUAUCAACAUUUAUGGAAACAAAUAAUGUUAUUAAAAGUACCAUAAAUCCAACCCUUGCAAAAAAUAUUUCCUUAACCAAUAACAUAGCAACAACGACAAAUAUAAAUUUUAACAAAACAACAAAGAUAUCAAAACCAGAUUCAGUGAUUGGUGUGGUUGAAAAUCAAGAUAAAAAAACGGAAGAAAAUUUACUACAACGGGCGGAGGCUGAAGAGAAAAGAAAGAAAAAUGUUAGUGAAUCACAAUUAAUUACUACAUCAACACAAACAUCUACUAAAAGUGAACUUUUAAAGGGGGAAGUGAAUCAAGAAACUGAGGAGAUCAUUACUGAUAGUACAAUAGAAAGUGAUAAAACAACAUCGAAAGAAAUUAUGGAAGAGAAAACUUCUUUAACAACAAGAAUGGAAGCAAAACAAUAUGUAACUACUAAAAGUCCAAAAUAUACACAAAUGAAUAAAGUUACAAAAAAAGUUAGUAUUUCUUCAGUUGAUUCAGGAAGCAUAAGUCCAGCACCCUACUAUUUAAAAGUAAGUGUUACAAUUGGCAAAACAAAUUUACUUGCAAUUUCUCUUGGUAUUAUAAUUGUUGUUAUAUUGCCUUCGUUAUUCUUUGAAUUAUCACAUAUAUUAAAUAUUAAAAAACUACCAAAUGACACAUUGUUAAAAUAUAUGGAAAGCAAAACAUAUUCUUCACUUCCAAUUAAAGGAAUUAUAUUAUCAUAUAUUAUCUGGUCAAUAUUAUCAAUAAUUGAGUGUACAUUUGCAUAUUGUCAGAUAAAUAGAAUUGAAAAUUUUAAUGAGAGGUCUCUGUUGCAAGCAACACCAAUUUUUACAUUACUUUUGGUUCGAUUUAUAGCAAUUUUUUAUUGUAAUAAUUUUGUUAAAAAAAAGAUGAUUCAUAUUAUUCAAAUUAUGUCAAUUGGUUUUAUUGGUAUCAUUUUAUAUAUGUUUUCAAAUUUUAAAUGGAGUUUUUCGGAUGAAACAAAUAACCAAAUGAUCAGUGAAUAUUUAAUUGGAAUUUUAGGGUUUUUAUUAGGGUGUAUUGGACCAAUGUACUUUAGUUGGAUAUCAAAAAUGGUUCAAAAACAUACAUUAAAUUUGUUAAACUAUUUUAUUUUAACUCAAAUAGGAAGUGUAAUUGUUGUAAAUGUUCUUUAUAAUUAUUUAUUAAAGAAUACAGAUGAAGGAAGGAUGGAAAAUACAUUAUAUAUUAUAUUGAUGUUAUUAGUCAUAUUAGAAAUAUGUUUCGUAUUUCUAUCUUUACAUCUAUCUAGUUAUUAUAGACAAACAGAAAUUGCAAGAUUAACAAAUUCAUUAUCAGGGAAUAUCCGCAAAGAAAACAAUGAUAUUAAAGUAAAAAUAAAAAAGAAUAAGUACGGUUAUAAUCGUUUGAUUAACGAUGCAGAAGUUAAUUAUGAAUCAUUGAUCUGUACAGAUUCAGAUUCAAAUGAUGAAAUUUUUGGUUAG